CUUGACCUAACUAAGGAGCUAGGGGGACUUAUUCCCGAGUGACUCUUCCCUUGCUAAAGAACUUUGAACCAUUUCCUGCUUUCUUACUGCUUUUAGUUAAAAUCACAAUCACUCGACUUAGUUUGCUAGAUAAUAGAUAAUCACGGAGUAGCUAGUAUAUCUAGACCCCGGGUUGACAAAUAGAGCUUGCCACUUCUGCAUUUCCGGACUGCGAUUACACUUGGUCGCAGUUUGGUGUUGUGUUUUAGUGUGUUAAGUUUUUGGCGCCGUUGCCGAGGACCUCUAGGUUAUUUUAGAAACGUGAAAGUCUGUUACUUUAGUAUUUACUUUUAUGCAUCCUCUAUUUUCCACCCUUGCUUUUCACUUAGGUAUUUUGUUUUUGUUGAUACAGAUCUGAUACAUGGAUCCUCAUGGCUUCUCCAACCAUUGGGGGUAUCCACCACCACCCGAGUGGUAUUACUCCGAGACUUCCUGGAGCAACCAAGGAGGAGAAGACUAUGGAGUCUGGUUUCAGUACCAACCACCCUACUACGAAGAACAAUCAAAAACUUGGGUAUUUCAAGAACAAUCUCAUUAUCAAGAAGAAUUCCUCCCACAACUAGAAGGGCCAUCAGAUCUUGAUUUAGCCACACCCCUCACGGGCCAUCCGGCAGAGCCAUGCUACACUCCACAGCCAGAUCCAAACUAUCACUUGAGGCUUCUCGUGGAGCAAAUUGCUCGAGUACUUGAGAGAUCCUUUUCCGAGAUGGAUCCUCAUAUCCAGGCCAUUGCCCAAACUGACUUCUCCUUUCCCCGUGAAACAGAGGAGACCCUUUGGAGCAUCAAGAAGCACAUAGAGGUGAUUGAGAAAGCUUAUGCACAGUUUUCUCAAGAUAGUCUUUACGCUACAAUACAAGAAGAGAAGGAGGAAGAAGAAGUCAAUCAUAAGGAUGUCGUGGAGCAUACAGAAAUUGUCAUGAAGAGCUCCCGUGAUGAUCAUGAUCAGAAAUGUCUUGUUGUAGCCGACCAUACCUUUCCACAUCCCACACCGAGCACUAAAGAGGCGGGCAUGAGUGAGGAGAUGCAAGCUGAUAUUAUUGAAAUGAUUGAAUGGCGACUUGCUCUCCAAUCCGUGCUAGAAGAAGAAGAGCGAGAAAGGAUGAGGAAAGAAGUUGUGGAGGAUGACGGAAGUGAAUUAGAGAAAGUUCUUGAUCUUUUCCCAGGGGAGGAAUCAAAUUUGAGGAAGGAAGGGGGGUUGAAGAAGCGAGUGGUGUCCAGGCGGAGGAUGAAGUUGAGGUGGAAGAGGCUUGCACCGACCAUGAGUUACAUGUGAUAUCUCCACCAAACUUCGAGGAGGUUCUUAGCAAGGACCCAUUUGCAGUGUCUCUUUGCCAGACCAAGGCCACAUCGACAUCGGUCCCUCUUGGGGGACGCAAUGGUGGUCUGUCAAUGUUGUCAUAUCUGGUUUGGGGCAAUGAGACGAGUGAGGAAGAAACGAAGAGGUCUCGCAGGUGGAGACUUCAUAUUCAUCAAGUACACGAGCAUACAUAACCUGUCAUACCACCUACUUGUGACUUGAGACUCCACAUCAUCGACAAGAACCUCAACUUCAUGGAGGUUCUAGCAUGGACCGAAACUUGGGAGCCACCGUCCGGCUCACGACGGUAAAGAAGCGCUUGUGGGCAGGCAACCCCACCAAGGUUUGUUUUCCUUUCGUUUGUUUUCGGUUUGUCCAUUUGGAACUAUGGUUUCUAUCACCCAGUGUUUUUGAUGACUCUAGUCUUGCUGACUGGUCCAAUUUCCAGUCCCUCGACAGUCCGUAUUUCUGGUAGCAUCGUUUCCCCUUAUCUUUCCCUAUGCUCCAUUGAGGGCAAUGUCGUGCUUAAGUGUGUGUGUGUGUGUGGGAAGGGGGGGUGUUUAUCUAUUGUUGCCUGAUAGAUGAGUUUGUGUGCUUGGAGCCUAGUCCGCUGUCCAAAUCUCGAGAUUUGAGGGCUCCAAGUAAUGCUGUUUGCUUGAUCGUAUUGGCACUGUGGGUUUAAUUGGUGAAUUGAAUGGCUUUCGAAUUAAUGCAUGACAACUGG